GCCCGGCUCGGCGGGGCGCGCCCGCGGGGCCAUGAGGGCGGGCUCCGGCCAUGGCCCAUGGCAGCGCGGCGGUCAUGCUGAAGUGCGUGGUGGUGGGGGACGGCGCCGUGGGCAAGACGUGCCUGCUGAUGAGCUACGCCAACGACGCCUUCCCCGAGGAGUACGUGCCCACCGUCUUCGACCACUACGCAGUCAGCGUUACCGUCGGGGGCAAGCAGUACCUGCUGGGGCUGUACGACACCGCCGGCCAGGAAGACUAUGAUCGUCUGAGACCUUUAUCUUACCCUAUGACCGAUGUCUUCCUUAUCUGCUUCUCAGUGGUAAACCCUGCUUCAUUUCAAAAUGUGAAAGAAGAGUGGGUACCGGAGUUGAAGGAAUAUGCACCUAAUGUUCCCUUUUUACUAGUAGGAACACAGAUUGAUCUCCGUGAUGACCCAAAAACUCUGGCAAGACUGAAUGAUAUGAAAGAGAAGCCCGUAUCUGUGGAGCAAGGACAGAAGUUAGCAAAAGAGAUAGGAGCCUACUGUUAUGUGGAGUGUUCAGCUUUAACACAGAAAGGACUGAAGACUGUUUUUGAUGAAGCUAUUAUAGCCAUUCUAACUCCAAAGAAACACACAGUGAAGAAGAGAAUAGGCUCAAGAUGCAUAAACUGCUGUUUGAUCACGUGAGAGACAUUUGACAAUGGCCAGGCUUACUGUGAAAUUCUACUGAUUUUAAAUACAAUGCAUUAAGUACAUAGUGAAUUUGUUCCAGGUUUGAAAGUUAAACCUACAUUUCUGCCUUCUACAACCAGUGAAAUCCAGAGGAAUAAAAUCAAACUCAACAAACUUGUAAUAAGAAGCCACCACAUCUGCUACAAAUAUUUUAUUCAGACUGGAAGGUACAAUCUCUCAGGGUUACACAGUCUAGAGGAAGCAAAAACUGCACCAUGCUGAAACAGCAUCUAUGUGAUUUUACUGAGUGGAGAUGCUUGGCCUGAAAUACUUUAACUGAAUAUGGACAGUCUCCUGCUUUGACUAUAUAUAUAUAUAUAUAUCUAUCUUAAAAAACCCCAACUUUUGCACAGUCUGUAUGGAAUCUGCACAAAGAAAUACCUUGUCUCUUUUUGCUCCAGUUAUCUGCUUUUGUAUGUAAGCUGCUUCCGGUUCCAGUGUAUCCACAGAGGUGCAAUAAUCAGACCAGCCAUAUAGCCAAAGGUAGCUCCGAGGGAACAGGAAAUGGGCCAUACCUGUGGGGAGGAUGCAAGGUAAAAGCAGACAAUGAGGAAAAUGUCUGUGGUUUUUUGUACUUCAUGAGCACAAAGUCUAGGUACUGAAAGACAGUAGUCUUAUUCUACUUUAAAGCUUGAUGUGCUUUCCUAAAAAUGCCAAAAGCAUAACAAUCAUCUUCAUGAACACUAAAUGCUGUUGUACAGUUUUUAGUUAAUAUCCAUUAAAAUGUAAGCAGGCUUCUGGCUAUUGCAGAUUUUAGUUUGCUAGUCCAAAAACUAUGUGGAAAGAAACACCCCUUAGAACUAUCUAUAUCCCCUGAAGCAUUCAGCUGACCUAACUUCCUACUCUGCUGUACACAGUUGGAUACCUACAGACUUCUCAGCAAUUUCUCCUUUCAAUCUCUUAUGGUGUUUUGAAACUUUCAGGUGUGUAUAGAGGAAUUAGGAUUCAAAUAAGGUCAGAGACUGAGAUAGAUAGAGGUUUGUUGGCUUUUUUUUCUUGAAAAGUAUAUGAAAGGAUAAAUUUGCCUCUGGUUAGCAGCAGGGAGGGAACACAAAUUUGGAAGCUGACUGACCAUCUUGCACCCAGAUCAUCAAACUUGUAGUAAGCCAGUUAUGUGAAUGAGAGAGCUUUAAUUAUAUGCUCUAUUUUCUAUUAUAAGAAAAGGAAGCCAACUCAAUAGAUCUCACUCUCUUUAACAAACCAUCUUGUAUUGAGCCGGCGUAGUAAUGGAAUUCUUCCCUGCUCUUUUUUUUUAAAUUGGUAUUGAUUUGCAGGGAGUGGCCGAACCAAGACUUGUUUGUCAUCAGAUGUAGCUUAUAGUACCAGUCCAUUACAUACUGCAUUUGAUGAAAGUCUCAACUAAGGUGGUAAUUAAUUUAUUUAUUUUAGAAUAAAUACAAUUCCCAGGCCUCUUUAAAAUUUUCUUUUCUUUUUUUUUUUUUUUUUCCCAAGGACAAGUUUGCAGUUCCUACUGUACACUGCAUAUUCCUAAAGCAAGUAUGGACUGGACUCUACUAUUCUUUUGUUUUUUAAAUUAAAGGGGAUAUUACCCCUCCCUCCCAUAGCAGUUGAGACUGAGAAAUGCACUAGUCAAUAGAGGAAAUAUCCCAAUCUCCAGCCUUCUUUUUUACUUCACUUUGACUUGCAAUUCAUGAAUAUCAAAUGAACUUACUCUUAAUGGUACUGGUUCCUCCUUUCAUUCAUUUUCCUAGCUCUGAUUCUUCUCUUUACUUCAUUAUCACUUAAAGGAAUAUAUUUAUUCACAUCCUUUGAUCAUAGGAAUUUUAACUACGAGUAAGAGUAAUGUACUUUGUCUUCUGCCCUUUCAUCUUCAAUCUCCUCAGUUGUUUCAUCUUCACAUUCCUUAGCAUUUACAGCUUUAUAUGUUAUUUGGAGGUCUUAAGGAGUGUAGCAAAGAUGAUUAUUAAACAAGGUGCCUUAGGUACUCUUUAUUGACCUUGUUUCAUUCUUUCACUUUCAUACAUUCUGUCUCUGCUGCUUGUUUUGGUUGCUGAGUAUUUCAGCAGUUGCCUCUCAAGCCAAAGAUUUGCUUGUUUUCAUUCAUUUACUGUGUAUGGUAGGUCAUCUAUAAAAAGCCUUGAGAGGCUUUGGUAUGGUAAGUACUACAUGUAUUUGAAACUCACAUAAGUUUGUGGCCUUGGCUAAACUUACACUUCAGGUGGAUCUUUUCAACUUUUAAACAAAAUGUAAUUAUUUCUAGCAUUUUGCAUAUUACACAUGUCUAAAGGACAAAACAAUAAAGUCCCUGAAACCCUUCUGCUCACUCAGUAAUGUUCAGAUGGCAAGUCGUACUUUUUUAUCCACUGAUGAAGUCAAAUACCAAUAUUCAGAAAACUAUGGACAAAGGCUUCUUAACACAGUGGUGCUUUUAUAUCAAAUUUUCUGAGUGAUCAAUGAUCAAUCCUUCAUUAAUUUUUUACCUACAUUAGGUGAAUUUGUAGUUGCCUAUUUGCUUUCCAAAACUAUAGGUAGAUUAUGGACUCUGAAUUGAUCAUAUUCCCCUAACUAGACAGUGAAUAUCCCUGAUGACCCAAUGACCCUGUAUAUUGUGCUAUUUUGUGUAUAGUGGGUGAUUAUUGGUAUGAUUAAAAAGAUCUCGGAUGAUUGUUGUAGCCUCUUUCACCUGACUGAACUGCAACUUGAGACAUGUUUUUUCAAUAGCUAUGUCACUUUUAAUAUUAAUUAUGCCUCUGUCUGUCUUCUAAAAUGUUCAAUUUUUGCUUUGGUUUUUAGAAGUCAGUGUUACCUUACAUAAGUUUCAGGCUCUCUCUCUUAACAGUUGAAACUGUGACCUCUGAACACUCACAAAUGGCAAGUGGAAAAGAUAGGGAACAAAGGGAAGAAAACACAAAACAUGCCAUCUCCCCAUCUAUGAGUAAGACAGAAAGAGACACCACCUCAUCCCUUCUAGUGGCAUGGAACAGAGGGGUACCAGGCCAGGCACUUUUUCUUACUGUGCUGCUUGGACAGGCCUUAGUAGUUCUGAGGGCAUUUUGGCCUUUUGAGAACUCCCUAAGCACAGCAGUUAAAAGGCUGAACUUAAAAGUGUUGCUGUCCUUCUGCCAUUUUCUCUAACCCUUAAGACCCGGCAAAAUCCCCUAACAAACAAGUAGUAACACCAGUUUUGCACUUUUUAUUCUUGACUGAUGGCUUUUAGGCUACAAAUAGCCCGAGGCACCCAUGGGUAUAUCUAAAGCAGCAAGUUAUCAAAGACAGAUUAAGAUAUGGCUCUUAAGCACAUCAGCUGCACUAAAAUAACACCACUUUCACAUGCUUUUGAUUGUCUACGAAAAUGGGUUGCUUCUUCCUGUAGAAGUGGGUUGCUUUAUUUUGUAUUAGCUGCUGGCCUCAUUUUUCUGAGACCCAAUCACUUUCUUCUGGACCUUUUUAAAUGACUUUGACUUACUCAAUUGGCCUGCUUUUGCCCCAUCUUUCAUAGUAUCUCAAACUUGGUUUAAAGUCCUUGACUUGGUAUGAACUGCCUGUAAGUGACAGAAAUCUAAGCAGCAAAUAUCUCUCUGCCUGUUUCAGAGAUUCCAUUCUGGUUGCUUAAAAUAUGCAACUUGUAAUACACCCCUCCCAUCCCCUGAGAACUUUUCAGCUCAGUUCCUCCUACAUCGUGCUCCCUUCUGCCUUGAGGAAGCUGACAUAUCCUGCCCCAGUACUGAUGUCAUGUCUGGGCAGGGUCAGCAGCAGGGGAAUAAGAUGUUAGGCCACAUGGCCUAGCUGCACUUUUGCUGAGGGGAAAAAAGGCUGAUCAGGAGAGAAAAGUGUGGGGAGCGCAGGAGAUAGAACAGAACAUUUUUCAUGAAACUGUCAUGAAAUGCCUUAUCUGUCUUAGCAGCUGGGAAGCAUCAGCUACCAUUCUCACAGCCUAACACAAGAAGAAUCAGUUUACAUAUCAAAUGCAUGAUGAAAAGGGCAAUUGUAACAACCUGUAGAUGACUACUAGGAACCUGAACAGCAGCUUGGCAAAAACAAAUCUUAACAAGAACAAAAAAUGCAUUUUAAUGGACAGAGCAUGAGCCAGUGUUAAAUGCAAAAUGAUUCUGACUUCCACUAUUCAUUUAAAUUUUCUUUUUGCCUUUUCAUCUGGCAGCAGUGCUGGACUUCAGGAAUUUCUUUAGGCUAGCUUAACAGACACUGCAGAACUGCAAGGUUUUUAGUAUAUAUUAGAACUAAUUUUAAGAAUAAUGACUCAAAAUAGGAAUUGCCAACCUUUCAGGACACAAAUGAGCUAGCUUUCCUCAGUGCUCUUUAGAACACCUAAGAUUCUAAGACGUGAGAAUGCUUAGCAUAUUGCAUGGAAAGCAGAGCAUGUUGCAGGAUCCCAGCAAGGUAUCUAGCUCUGCUGUACUGUGCAUGUAGCUAGCUAAACCAGAAUUCUGACUGAAUGACAGUUGUGUCAUCUAUUAUGAGUCUUGCAUCCCAUGCAAAGGAAUUACAUAGAUAUUGAUAAGGACAUAAGGGACAGAUUCUUAUAGACCAGAGGAGCAACACAGAGUUUUAAAAAUAUUACGAAGUAAGCAGCUGCCUGUUGGAACUUUCAUUAUACAAAUGCAAAUACAGUGGGGCAAUCUACUGUACUUACUUUGCAGUAAUCUUAAGAGUGUUUUUCUCAUAUUCCUAAACACGAUUUUUUGUAUGCUUACUGUUUCAAAAGACUGAUUUCUGACUGUCAAUUAGAAGGCUAUGUAAUUAUUUUUGUUUCAUUUUAAAACUGAAUAAAUGAGCACAAUUAUUUUCCCUCCCUGUUUCUAACAUGCCUUAAAUUCCUGAUUGUUUAGUCUGUACUGUCUUAAAAACUUCAGUACAUGCCUUUAAUCUAUUUUGGUUGCAUGCACAUAUUAACUACAAGUGUCUUAUCACAUUGUACAGAAUGUGUGUGUUGACAAGCACACACCAAGAAGAAAGUGUGAGGCUUUUUUCAGGCUGGCAUUUGUAACUAGAAGUUAUUUCAUGGAUUUGUGUUCUAAAGUUAUAGCAAGCAUAACAGCCUUUGAUCUCGCCAUUAAAGUUUACAUUGAGAAAACACAUUAUUAAAUAAAAAAUGAUAACCACACUAAAGUGGAAUAAGCUUCUACCUCUGUUUAAAACAACUCCAACUGCGUAUUAUCCCUUCUUCUCAUAUUAAGCAACUUCUCUUAUAACAAAACUUUCACAGUAGGUAGUAGAUCCAAAAAGGAAUACAAGAAGGAAUCUCUCUGAGCUGUGUUAAGAAGAACCAAAGUAAAGUGAAAGUUUAUAGUCCCAUUCCAGCUUACUUGAGUAAGCACCAAGAACUGUACCCAAGAUUCUGUGGAUUAUUUUUCAGGCUACAAAUGUCUGAGAAGUAUCUAAGGCUAAUAUUUACAGUCAUAUUGGCUGAAUUACGUGGCAGUCAGUCAACUCAGGUGAGCUAUAUCAGCACUACUUAUUAUGCUUGCAGUAUCCACUAUGAAGUAGGAAUAUAGCAAUUUUUCUUCUACCUAAUGAUAACAUUGUAAGCAGAAUAUUGUUUCAAAGUCACUUUUUACCACUAAUAACAGGUAUUACAGAUCAAAAUUAUGCUACCAAUAAACCCCGAAUGUAUGGGAGGGCAUGCACAUAACAAACACAGAGACUUGAUUUAAAAGUCUGUUAUCAAAAUAUGCAAUAAACCCAGGAAUUCCCCAGUGAGCUAAAUCCAGUCAAUGGCAAAUGCUUUGUCUGGAAUAAUAGUUCCACCACAUAUAAAGUGUGCUGAUAAAGCUGUGCUCUUCACUAUACCAUGUUGUUCUGCAACUAGUUUCCUCAAGCUGAGUCGAGAAAGGAUGUGCCUAGUAACUCCUACAUCAUCCCCUUCCUUCUGUUUCAGUGGUGGUGUGUUCUAAGGUUCCACUUCUCAGUGACACACGCAGCCAGGAUCCUCAUCACAUGUGGUUAUUAAAAGCACACCAUCAGCUUGAAACAGGCAAUCUGGAAAAACUAAGCAACUGUAACAAAGGAAGUUAUUUUCUAUUUCUUUGUAGAACUGUCCUAGCUAACUGUAACCCUUACAUACCCAUUGUGCUUCAGCAGCCUAGAGGCAUCUGAGAUGGAUGUACAACUCUAAAUUGUCUAGAAUACCCUUAUUUAAAUAAUCACAACUAAGUGUUGCAAACUGUUUUAAAAAUUGCUGAAAAAUGAGAUAAUCUCAAAACACUGGCAAAAUUGGUCUUAACAGUCUAACUGAAACAUGCCUGGCAGAACAAGUCCUGGAAAGUUUGUUGUUUUGGUUUUUUUUGUUUUUGUUUUUAAUACAGAAAUGUAACUACUGUAGUGUCUAACCUGCAUUCCUGCCUGUAAGGAAUUAUCUUUACCUUUGUCUGAGAUAAGCUGAAUUCUAUAGACCUACAACCAGGAAUAAUAACAGACUAGGCCUCCCUGACCAACUGUUUUGCAUAGUUACAAAAUUUUUCUUAAAGGUAGCAGAGGAGUAACAUACAUGGCAUGCUUGAAAGUUGCUUUAAGAACAACAGAAUAAUGAAAAAAAUCAUAGGACACAAACGAACUUUCAGCCAUAAAUUUUAUACUUCUAACAGAAAUGCUUUAUAUAUUUUUCAUCUCCAUUCUCAAACAUUAUUCAGAAAAUUAAUGUUUAUUUCUGAAACAAUAUUCUGUUCCAGCUAAGUAAUAUUUACUUAGCAUAGAAGUUGUUGUAUGCUUAAAAAAAUGCAAUUAACAUUAUUUUUAAAGGUAGAGAGGCACACUAAUCUGAAUAUCCCCUGUAUGCAAUAUUUUUCAAACAAAAACAUGGAAAAUAAAGUGAAGAUUUUCUGAGA